AAGCGGCACCCACGUGAGGGCGGCGGUGGCUGCUGGGCACGCGGCGCAGCCUGCAGCCUCUCGAGCGGCGGAGCUGGGCCGCGUGCGGAGCGGGCCGAGCGGCGCGGCGCGGCGCAGUUUCCACCUGGGAGUUCUGCAGUCACAUUUAGAGCUGAUUCACAAAAAUAAAGCUGGUGAAAAUGGCGGAAAAUGGAGAUGGUGAAAACAUGUCUAUCUUGGAAAGCAAAAUCUGUCAGCAAAUUGAGUACUAUUUUGGCAAUCACAACCUACCAAGAGACAAGUUCUUAAAGGAACAGAUCAAAUUAGAUGAUGGUUGGGUGCCUUUGGAAGUAAUGAUCAAAUUCAACAGGUUAAGUCGCCUUUCAAAAGAUUUUGGUGUUAUAGUAGAAGCACUAAGAAAAUCCAAGACUGGUCUAAUGGAAAUAAAUGAAGACAAAACUAAAAUCAGAAGGUCUCCAAAUAAACCUCUUCCUGAAUUAAAUGACCAGUACAAGGCUGCAAUUAAAAACAGAUCUGUAUAUGUUAAAGGCUUUCCAUUAGAUGCAACUCUUGAUGAUAUCAAAGAAUGGCUGGAGGAUAAGGGUCCAGUUGAAAACAUUCAAAUGAGGAGAACACUGCAGAAAACAUUUAAGGGGUCAAUAUUUGCAGUUUUUGAUAGUGUUGAAUCUGCUAAGAAGUUCAAAGAAAUCCCAAACCAAAAGUACAAAGACACAGAGCUGAUAGUGCUUUUCAAGGAAGAGUAUUGUACAAAGAAGAAUGAAGAAAGGAAACAAAACAAAGUAGAGGCCAAAGCAAGAGCUAAACAGGAAAAGGAAGAAAAACAGAAACAAGCAGCAGAUGCUGAGAUGAAAUCUCUAGAAGAAAAGACAGGAUGUCUUUUGAAGUUUUCUGGUGAUCUGGAUGAUCAAACAUGCAGAGAAGAUCUCCAUGCAGUAUUUUCUGACCAUGGAGAAAUCAAAUGGAUACACUUUGUAAGAGGUGCAAAGGAGGGAAUCAUCCUAUUUAAGGAUGCUGCAAAAGAAGCUCUAGAAAAAGCCAAGGAGGCACAUAAUGGAAACUUACAGCUUCGGAACAGAGAUGUUACUUGGGAACUGCUAGAAGGAGAUGCAGAGAAAGAAGCUCUGAAACAAAUACUAGAAGAUCAGCAGGAAUUGCUGAAACAAAAAGGAAAAGGACGCAAACUUAAAGGAAGAGGGGGGAAGACACCUCAAGGUGCACACAAAGGGAAGGUACAGUUUCAGGGCAAGAAAAUAAAGUUUGAGAAUGAGGAAGAAGGCGAAGAUGAUACUAAAACAGAGCCAGUAAGUCCUAAGAAGAGACCACUAGAAGAAACAGAAAAAGAAGAAUCUGCACCAAAACAACUGAAAACGGAAAAUGGAGAUGGAGCUCAGUAAUGCUAAAGUAAAAAUACCAUUGUUUUUAUUAGUUCAUUUUAAAUAGGUUUUAAAGACAUGCUUCAGUUCAGGAGUUUCUGGUAGAAAAUCGAAUGAAAUCCACUUCAAUGUCAACCUAUAAUGAGAAGAGACCUUCAUUUCAUUGGGUUAUAACUUCUUGUUGAAGCAGCAUGCUUAUUCUUAAGAUGCCACUCUGGAAAACUCUUUUGUAUGUAUAGUUUUGUUUAUACUGUCAAUGCUCUCGAACUCUCUGGCAUCUCAUUCAAGUGUAAAAGGUUCCUGACUUCAUAACCUCAAAGAUAUAUUAAGUAGUAGCUACCAAUAAAUUCAGAACUGAAAACUGCUCAUUACUGACCCCUUUGUUCAACCACUGAGAGUAUUAACAGCAAUGAAACGUACUGCAGUCAUAAGAACUUACAUCAAAUGCUAUGAAUCAUGCAGUAGAUCUGACCCUAAAGAUUAGGUUCCUUCAGUGGAAUUUAGUUGACCUAAUACAAGAUACUUUUUUUCUCAGUUGUGUUAGGUUUUAUACUUACUGAUUUCUUCUUAUGGAACUUGUAUGAUGCUGGUAGGUCAUAUUUAAGUUCUGUGAAGAGUAUAAAAAAUACACUUACGCUACAAUGAUUAUUCUAAGUAAGUUGUCGUAAGUUUAUUAACUUACACCUUCUCUUGCCCACCUCUGAGCCUUGACUGGAAAACAGUUUUGACCUCUAUACUAGAUUUCUUCGCUAAUUAGGACUCAACAUUUAAACCACUUAUAUCAGACAUAAGUGGACAGCCGAGAAGCAAAAAUGCAUCUCAAGCACUUAUGCCACUUCCAUGUCUUAAAUAAGUUGUAUGACUAUAAAGCACGUAGUUGGUGAUACUUAAGAAUCAGAAAGAUAACUGGCCAAAAUACUUAGUUGACUGCAGUGGCAAGAUGCUUUCUCAUUUGACAACUGACCUUUGGUUUUGUUAUUCAGCAACAACCUCCUUCUGAAGCAGGUAGAUAGAUAACUUGUGCCAGAAGGCAAAAGCUAGUCCAGGAAGAAAUCAAGUUCUGUGCAAAAUAUGUAUUCCUCUGAGUUUUAUCAAGUGCCUACUUCUUGUGCUCCAGGCAGGUAGCAAGACUUUUUUUUUAAUAAAAGGUUAAAAAACA